GUGGCCGCCGCGCCGGCCCCGCUCCGGCCCUACAUGCAGCUGAUGCGCGUCGACCGACCCAUCGGCUCGUGGCUGCUGUUCUGGCCGUGCGGCUGGGGCCUGGCGCAGGCGGCACCUCCCGGCUGCCUGCCCGACCCCACCCUGCUGGCCAUCUACGCGGCCGGGGCCUUCGUGAUGCGCGGUGCUGGCUGCACCAUCAACGAUAUGUGGGACAGGGACAUCGACCACAAGGUGGAGCGGACGCGCAGCCGCCCGAUCACCAGCGGGCGCGUGUCGGUGCUGGACGCGCUGGUGUUCCUCUCGGCUCAGCUGUCGGUGGGCGCGCUGCUGCUGCUGCAGCUCAACUGGCCGUCGGUGCUGCUGGGCGUAUCCUCGCUGUCGCUGGUGCUGCUGUACCCGCUGAUGAAGCGCGUCACGCACUGGCCUCAACUGGUGCUCGGCCUCACCUUCAACUGGGGCGUGCUCAUGGCCUGGGCGUCGGCGCAGGGCGUCGUGAACUGGCCGGCCGCGCUGCCGCUCUACGCCGCCGGCGUCUGCUGGACCAUCGUCUACGACACCAUCUAUGCGCAUCAGGACAAGUCGGACGACCUGGUGCUGGGCAUGAAGUCGACGGCGCUGCGGUUCGGUGACAGCACGCCCACCUGGCUGGCGGGCUUCGGCGGCGCCAUGAUGACCUGCCUGGCGGCGGCGGGCGUGGCGGCCGGCCAGACCUGGCCCUACUACCUCGGCUUGACGGCCGUCGGGCUGCACGUGACAAACCAGGUGCGGACGCUGAACAUCUACGACGCCUCCGACUGCGGCGACAAGUUCCGCUCCAACCGCUACGUCGGCCUGCUGAUCUUCCUCAGCAUCGCGGCCGGGAGGUUCGUCUGUGACGUCACUGACGUGGCCGUGACCUGCCCGACAUGA